AUGGAUGCUUCGCAAUUGCGUUUGCGACGAAAUGUUCCUAGUGGAGGCGUGCUGCUUCCACUCCACAGUGCCCCGUCCUCGAGUAGUCUUCCCACAACCAGUGGGAUUGCAGAAAAGAGCCGAAAGCGACUGCGAAAACGAACUCGACUCAAAGUGUGGUGUACAUUAUUUCUAAAAGGAAUGUGUGCGACUAUUGUAUCUGGGUCUUUGUCGUUGAUGCUGCUUCCAUUUUCCUGGACACAAGUCGACUUUCACCACCAAGUCCAACACGAAAUGCAAUAUCUUUAUCACAAACUCGAACAGAACCGCAAAAACAAGGCCACUGGAAUUCGUGGCAAACAUGGAUCCUCCCGUCAAGUAGUCUGUCCCAAUGGUGUUACAGGAUUUGAAAAUGAUGAUUAUUGCGACUGCGCCGAUGGAAGUGAUGAACCAGCAACCUCGGCGUGUUCCCAUUUGGUCAUUCAACAGGAGAUGUUUGCGUGCAAGUCCGAUCCUUCCAAACGGAUAUACGCUUCGAGGGUCCAUGAUGGUGUCAAGGAUUGUCCGGAUGGGAGUGAUGAGACGUAA